CUUCUCUCUUCCGCUCCACGACGACGGCCAGUAUCGUGCAGCAUGCUCUCCACGACGUUGGCCCCUCUCACCCCGGCACGGAUGGGGGCGGCAAGUAAGCUGGUGGAGCUGCGAUCGCGCGGUCCCGCUGCUGUAGCCUGCACGCCGAACUACAUCGCCAGCGUUACCCUCGUGGCACAACAUCCCGGUCGCACUCUCCGCACUCCGUUCUCACCCGUACCCACGAAAUACUUCGUGACUUCCACUUGCCAAGCUGCACUGCUGCCCCGGUCUCUGCUCGGCCCCUAUCACCCCUCCCUCCCGCCGAUCCUAGCCCAGACCGACAUAGCUGGCAAAUCUCCGCAUGCCUCCAACACACCUCGCCACGUCUGCGCUCUGUCGCAGCCUCAUCGCCAACAACGUGCCUCACCACCAGGAUUCUGCAUCUUGACUCUCCUCAACAGUCGAGCCCAUUGCGCGAAUAAGUCCGAGCCGAGUAGAGCGUUCCGCUCCCCGGGGCCCGCUGGGGAGCUCUACGGCUACGAAGGUUUGGAGCGGGAAGCAGUGGUCAGCGAGGCGGACAAUCGGGGAACGAAUGCAUGCACCACCCACCCAUCCCGCUCUCCUUCCCAUUAUCUCCAAGACGACAACAACCAACGCUUUCGUAUUACUUUAUCUUCACUUGCGGUAAGCCCGCCAUGGCCUCUCGAGCUCGGGCCGCGCGCGCUGCGUUAUCUCUGA